UUUAUAUUACUAACAUCUAUCAACAAGAGUCAAAGAUUGUAACAAUUUAGAUGUUUCUUCUCUAUAUGUUGCCUAUUACACAGCCUAUGACUGAGAUCAGUGGCGAAAAAUGUAAGCGAUGUGGAAUCUAUGAGCAAGGCAGUCUGAUAUCAGACAAAGAGUUUGAUGAAUGGGAGCUUUGUCCUUCUGAUUUCUCGGCUAGCCAAAUCUAUAUGCACUUUAAGGAAAAAGAGAUCAAUGCUACUUUUGUCUGCCACGGUUGUGCCAAGCUUGACUCCGUAUCUGCUGGAGCAACGACGGGUUCAAGUUCAAAAGAGGAAGGAGAUAAUGGAUCAAAAGUUGCAAUAGCGAUUGUGGCAGGGGUCUUGUGUGCAACUCUUGUUGUGGUUGGAGGGGUAUUCAUGUUUAGGCACUCAAAGAGGAUGAAGCUGCAGCGAGAUCAAGCCAGGUUUAUGAAGCUGUUUGAGGAAAAUGAUGAACCUGAAGAUGAACUUGGACUUGAACCUGUGCUAUGACAUGGCCUUGAGCCGUUUUUUUUUUUGACAGAGAUUUUUGUGUUUCAUGAAUUUUGCAGAUUAUAUUACCGAAGAGGAAUGACAGUAAUUUUUGGUAUAUGGUUUUCUUCCCCAAUAUUUAGAAGUACGUCAAAUAAUCCAGAAACUUUC